CGUGUCGGGGACUGUUUCGGUCUCCAAGAGGCCACUAGAGGAGGCGGAUAACGAGGGGCAGCCUGCACCAAAAUUGCCUCGUACAGACGCGCCAGAGGAGAUGAAUAUUGGGGGCGGAGAUGUGCAGACCACGAGGGGCACGCGACCCUCGACACCCCGGCGCGACCACGGCCACCUUGCGUCGAUUGCUGAGGGGAAGAGCAGUACCGCUAAUCCUGCUUCGGGGCUGUAUCCUGAACCCCUUCGAGCUAUGUCACCCCGACGCUCCGACACGCCCAUGUGUGUACCUGCCACCCCCUCCGCUUCCACCCCCGUCACUCGAUAUCCUGAUAGCCAGCCUGCCGUCGUACCGCCUAAAGAGCAUCGUGUAUCUGGAUCGGGAGACCCGGGGCUUCUCAUCACUCGAAGUCCUGUGACUUCCGAACCCCCCUUUAGCGCGGAGGCCUCCUUGCGAUCUGCCACCAUCUCGCACUCUCCGACUCCCUCCACCCCCGUCCAGGAUUCUCGCUCACCACCUCCAGCUGAGACCCUUGCCACGUUCCGGUCGUUAUCGCUAAAUCCGUCACAUCACGAAUCGGACCCUGUCACGGAUCCUUCACCGGCAAACACCAAGGACCCACCAGUGGCGCAAGACGCGGACCAAGACGUGGACCAAGACGCGAUGCAAGAAAAGGAAGACGUGUCAAUACACCCUUUGGAAUCGGAGGCCUCAACACUCGUCCCUGCGGUGUGGCACGCGGUCGAGGGCAGGCCCUCCGCUGGCGUCGAGACCUCCGAGUUCUUUGUCGACAACCCCACAGCCAAGGCCGCACGCAACUGGGCGCUGCGUGAAGAAUUGUUCAGGUUCGAACACAGGCACGUCCGAGUGCAUCUCCUUUGCCUGCCCAAGGCAUCGGUCGAGGAGGUCUACCAGACCCUGCCCCCAGACGCGUCUCGCGCAGAGAUCGUUGCCGCGCUCUGGAACAUUGAGACGGACUGGCCCCUCAAGGGCACGCUCGUAGUCCAGGCCGAUGCUGAUUGCGCAAUCAAUACGUGGAUGCCUGACCCACAUUCCGGCCCACUGGACAUCACUGCGGCAAUCAGGCACGGCCAGAACAGUUUCAAACUCAUACAACUUGCGGACAUGUCCAGCAAGCUGUUUGUGUUCCAUGCUGCCGAACCAUCCGAAGAAGAGCGCAAGGCUGCCAGCUUGUGGAGACGCUCCGUGUCGAUAAUCUCACCGCAAAGCCCAAGGCCUCAAGACCGACACUGACACCGGCCAUUCUCCCUGGCGUACGUCGGUGCUUGACCCCAUCCUAUGUCUGGCCAACACCCCUUCUUGCGGCCUUACCGCGCCCACGCCCUUCGCCAUGAAGCCUGGGCCUGAGAGUACGGCUGCAUCACACGACCGACGCGUUCCCUUCGUCUUUGUCUUACCCAC